AUGUUAAAUUCAGAAAAUCCGUCCGAGAAUUUAGUGAAUGAACGGCAUGCACCAAAAAUAGACUAUGUGAUAACAACAUCGAUUGGAUGUGUUCCUUACGUCGUUGACUGUGAGCAUGCCCACUUCAAAAAGACGAGAAAAGUAUUCUUGGACGAUUUUCUCUACAAAAACUCCUUUUACGACAAAAACUUUGAGGCAGACUUGAAAACUUUUAUUGGAACCGAUUCUGAAGUCAUUCUUGGGUUCAAAAGCAGCGAUGCUCUCUGCAAAAACACAAGGAUUAUUGCUUCGAAAAGAGGAAACUACAGACUAACCGAAGCAAGAUAUAACGAAAUAUUAAAAUUAAUGAAGGUUGACAAGUUUGCCGAUUUUAAGACAGGAAAGAUCAAAGUUAAUAAUUUGGAGCUUGUUGAGCCAAAGGACCUUUCGGAGUUUACUAAAUGCGAUAACAAAAUCUAUGGCACACAGCUAAUCAACGAAUUGACGGAAAGUGGUUUGCUAUUGUUUAUAGAAGAUUCAAAGUUGGCUUGCAGGCACUUGAAUGACACUGAUUUCGAGUAUGAAAAAUAUCUUCUGAGUAUAAACGAGAUGAAUGUGUUCACUUUUAUUUCGGAACACAACUACAAAACACUCUUUGAGUACGCUCUGCAGCAUGAAAAAAAUGGAUGGUGGUGA